CUAGACAGCGGCUGCUGGAUCCUUGCCGCUUGUUAGUCGACUCUGGUCGUUGAUAGAGAUAAUUCCAUUGAUGUGCAGCAGGUGGCGCUGUUUAAUUAUCAACAUCAGCGUAGAUUUUACCGUUGUAUGUGGGGCGGGGCUGGGGAGGUGCAGUUAGUAGACUGUCAGUGAGUAAAGCAGCCCUUGUCUCCAGCUCUCUGUCGCUUGAGAUCGCUGUUAGCAGCAGAAUGGCCAGUGUGAAGGUGGCAGUAGUAACAGGGGGCAAUAAAGGGAUCGGACUGGCCAUAGUGAGAGCUCUCUGCAAACACUUCAAGGGGGACGUGUACCUGACAGCCAGAAACACCAAGUUGGGAGAAGAAGCUGUCAAGGGCCUGAAGGAGAAGGAAGGGCUGUCCCCUCUCUUCCACCAGCUGGAUAUCAAUGACCUGCAGAGCAUUAGGACCCUGGGGAGUUUCUUAAAGGAGAAAUACGGGGGGAUUGAUGUGCUCGUUAAUAACGCUGGCAUUGCAUUUAAAGUCGCCGACACCACCCCAUUUGGCACCCAGGCCGAGGUGACUUUGAAAACCAACUUCUUCGCCACCAGAGACAUAUGCAAUGAGUUCCUGCCGCUGAUUAAGUCCCACGGUCGGGUGGUUAAUGUGUCCAGUAUGGCGAGUUACGGGGCCCUGGGUCGUUGUAGCCCAGAACUGCAGAAGGUGUUUCGCAGAGACAACAUCACAGAGGAGGAGCUGGUGACAUUCAUGGAGAAGUUUGUGGAAGAUGCCAAGAAGGGAAUCCAUCAGAAGGAAGGGUGGCCAAACACGGCUUAUGGAGUGUCCAAAGUUGGGCUGACGGUUCUAUCCCGGAUCCAAGCCAGGGAGCUGAAUGAGAAGAGGAAAAGUGAUGGAAUUCUGCUGAAUGCCUGCUGCCCGGGAUGGGUGAGGACUGACAUGGCUGGGCCCAACGCUACAAAGUCCCCAGAUGAAGGUGCAGAGACACCUGUGUAUUUAGCUCUCCUGCCAAACAAUGCACAUUCUCCUCACGGGGAGUUGGUGAGUGAGAAGAAAGUUGUUCCCUGGUAAAUUGAUAAAGCCCCUGCCCCCCCCCGGCCACUCAGUUCUCACCUGUGUGUCCUCUUUACAAGAUCCUGCCUUAAGCACCUGAGACCUUAUGUCAUUCCAUCCACCACAAGUGUUAUUUCAGUUCAAUUGGAAAUAAAACAUAAUUGUCUAAAUA